CAUUCACUUUCAAUUCUUUGCUGACGAAACACAUCCUAAACAACAACAAAUUUCUUUUGCGCAUAUGCAGUCACCUUUUUACAGCGUAGCCUAAAGAUCCCUUAUUUUUUUAUUGAGGGACUCUCUAGGAUCAUUUACAUUUUAGAAAACGAUCCACGAACAGCGAAAGUAAGAGUUUAAAGGUUUUCUCUAUUUUAGUUGCACUUGUUGGGCAACUCGCGAGCGACAGUUUAAGAUCUGUGCUUUGUGAAAAUUUAUCGACAUAGAUAUGCAGUCUGAUACAGGUCAGAUCUCAUCGUCGGAUGACUACGCAACAUUUUCGUUGUUUUUUUUAAAUUUGAGUGGGAACAUUAGUCACUAACGUUUAUAAUCAUCAUGAAUCGUGCGAUUCAUUCAGAAAUAUGAAUUAUCAUAACUGAAUAAUCGCCCAAGUUAUUCGUGCUAUCUAAUGAAUUUGUAGGUUUGAGGGUUCAUAUAGCUCACACCAUCUUCGAUCUUUGUACCGUAUUAGAAUUUAUACCAGUUUGCCAUAUCAAAUGGUCAUUUCGAGAUGGCUUUCACAUCAGCUCUGAAGUUAUUGAAAAGUUCCGCGUCCGCUAUUUAUCAUCGGCUUUAUGUUCGAGCUUUUUUAGCCGAAUUUAUUAGCACAUUUGCUAUUUUGGCGUUUGUGAAUGGCUUAAUCGCCCAGGCUGUCCUUACGGACGGAGAGAAGGGAAGCGGAGUCGCCCCGAAAUGGGGUGCGUUCGUUGCCGCCAUGUCUGGUAUCUUAAUCGCUUGCGGUGCUUCAGGCGCUCACUCUAAUCCGGCAUUCUCUCUUCUAUUCGCUCUGAGAGGUAUUUUACCCUGGGCUAAAUUGCCGGUUUACUAGAUAGCACAAUACCUUGGUGCUUUUUGCGGAGCUGCAGCUGUUCUUGGAGUUUAUUGGGACGCCAUAAUGUUUAAAGGCGAUGGCGAAUUUUACAUCACAAACGAAGAUCCGGGAUUGGCUGCCAUUUUUGCUACAUACCCUUUGCCAUACGUCUCCAUCGCAGGAUGUAUUAUAGAUCAGCUUUUUGGAAGUGCCUUACUUGCACUCUGUGUGGCCGCUUUAACCGAUCCCAAGAACAUGCGUAUUCCGCUUCCGCUCGUGGCCCUGUAUAUUGGAUUUUUGGUUUUGGAAUUGGCUAUUGGAUUCUCACUUAAUACAGGUGGCUCUCCGAAUCCUGCUCGCGAUUUAUCUCCUAGGAUUUUGACUUACUUUGCUGGAUGGGGAAUCAAGGUUUUUAGUUUCAGAGACUGGACCUGGUUUUGGAUUCCCGUAGUAAUACCUCACAUUGGUGUCGUAAUCGGUUAUUUAAUAUAUUUUAUUCUCAUUGAAGCGCAUUGGCCAGCACAAUAAAAUUUUUGAUUGCUGAAA